UUCGUGACUCAAGCCAAUGCUGAAAAAGCGUGUGAAAGUGGCCAUAUUUGGUGGUGGGAAAACGAGACAGGUUUCCCACAAUGCAUUGCAAACUGGGGCUGGUCCUGAAGAGCCAAGAUGGCUGACUUUGAGGAACAACUCACCGAUGAGGAGAAGGUCCGUGUCGCCGCCAACUUUGUCCUCCACGCGCCUCCGGGGGAGUUUAACGAGGUCUUCAAUGAUGUGCGGCUACUGCUCAACAACGACAAUCUCCUCAGGGAGGGGGCGGCACAUGCCUUUGCCCAGUACAACAUGGAUCAGUUCACCCUCGCCAAACUGGACGGGCACGAGGAUCAGGUUCUGAUCACGGAGCACGGAGACCUGGGCCACGGGCGCUUCUUCGACCCGCGGAACAAGCUGUCCUUCAAGUUCGACCACCUGAGGAAGGAGGCCAGCGACCCGCAGCCCCACGAGGGGGAGGCGGCCCUGCAGUCCUGGCGGGACACCUGCGACUCCGCCCUCAGGGCAUACGUCAAGGAGCACUACCUCACCGGCGUGUGCACCGUCUACGGGAAAACCAUCGAUGGGCAGCAGACCAUCAUCGCCUGCAUCGAGGGUCACCAGUUCCAACCCAAAAACUUCUGGAACGGCCGCUGUAGGUCCGAGUGGAAGUUCAACAUCGGACAGUCCUCCACGGAAGUGGUGGGCGUUCUCAAGAUCCAGGUGCAUUACUAUGAGGAUGGCAAUGUUCAGCUGGUCAGCCACAAGGACGUGCAGGAGUCUCUGAUCGUCUCUAAUGAGAGUCAGACCGCCAAGGAGUUUGUGAAAAUCAUUGAAAAUGCAGAAAAUGAGUACCAGACCGCGAUUAGCGAGAACUACCAGACGAUGUCGGACACCACGUUCAAAGCGCUACGCCGGCAGCUACCCGUCACCCGCACCAAGGUGGACUGGAACAAGAUCCUCAGCUACAAGAUCGGCAAGGAGAUGCAGAACGCUUAGUGUCGCGCGGGCGCGUGCCCGCCGGAAUUAACGGAAAUUAAAGCAGAAGCUAAAGAAAACAGAGCAGACGGUCUCAUGUAUUCAUUUUUUCUGUUGAUAUUUGUAAGAAAGCCAAGAUUAGAAUUUUUGUUUUUCGGGAAAAAAGGAUGACUCAGCCUGCCGGGAACCUAGUCCGUCGCUUUAAGGGGGUUGCAAUCGCUGCCUCUUCUGCUAACCGUGGGUCUCUCCGUUUGAACAAAUCUCUCCCGCGACGCUAUGACACUUUAAUCGCUCUCGUUGUCAGCGUUCAGCAUUUGGUUUCAUUUCCUUGUUUUGUGUUUAUUUUUAUUUUUUAUUAAACAUUGUUACCCUCUUAAGUGUGAACAGCCCAUGUCUCAGGCUGGUGAAAUAUAGACUUGCAGCCCGAUGAAAUCUAGCUGGCAAGACAGCCGGCUUAGUCCAUAACUCAUCCACAAAGACGGCGCUUUUCUCUCCACGGUUUUGAGACAUGGUAGACCAGGGCCUCUCGACACCUGUGUUACACCUGCACACCCUGCACAUUACCUCAUAGUUGUAAAGAGGGUUUCCCCAAAAUGAACAAAUAGACUUAAUAAAAAUCAAAGUAAAACGUGUCCUCACCAGACUCUUUCCCAUGGUAAAGAUCUCCCUAAUCGAGUUGCGUUACAUGCUGAACGUAUUUGUGUAUACAGAUUUUUAUAUUUGUGAUUAUGCAUUUUGGAUUUUUCAGUCCCAAAGUGGCACCCACUAGCAUAGUGUCAUAUGCUUCUUUCGACGCUUCUUGUGUGCAUAUGCCGUUGACCAUGCUCUUUUCAGGAAUUUGCACAUUUCCAAAAACUGGUCCGUGUAUCCGUAGCCACCAGCAGUGAGUGCAGUGUUACCAGGCUCCCUAGUCUUUCUAUCAAAAAGGCUGCCUACUGCCCCCUUCUGGUGCAAAGUAUAAGUACAGAUAAUAUACAUGGACCAGAUCCCUCAACCCAGCUGCAGCCUCUGCCCCCAAACUGUUAUGUUUUUGUUGUUUUUGUUUAGUUUUUUGUUUUUUAAACAAAAUGUAAGAACAAACAUGUAUAAUUCAAAAGGAAUAAAGGAUUUGCACCAAAAACCA